GAUUAGGUGCGUAAAGGGGAUCAACUGGGCGCAACCAGUAUGUCUAAUGUCACCAUCACUCCGAGUCUUUCCUGCACUUUCCUCUAACUUCUCUUCACACGUCCUUAGUAUAAAGGACAGUCAUAUUUCUAUUCGUUUUCGAUAUCCAAGUGAUACUCGUCUCCAAUUUCAUACUAGUUUGUUUCACUUAUAAGCUAAAACACCAGACGAAAUGGGGAUGAAGUACCGUCGCUAUCUCGCCGGCGAGCGCAUUUAUGGCUGCUCCAAGUGCAAGACACAUCUUGCAACGAUCCAUUCUAUGAUCUCACGAGCAUUCAAUGGCCAGCAUGGCCGUGCAUAUCUCUUCGACGGCGUUGUUAAUGUCGUAGAAGGCGAACCCAAUGACCGCCAAAUGACCACUGGAAACCACACUGUUCGAGACAUCUACUGCGUCAAAUGUGCCACUGUUCUUGGCUGGAAAUACGACCGUGCCUAUGAAACAUCGCAGCAAUACAAGGAGGGCAAAUAUAUACUCGAACGAAACCUCCUCGUCGAUGUCCAGUAGCCCGAAAUGCCUCGUGUUCCCUAUCAACCAGGGUUACCACACGACUUGACGCGACUCACGAUUACAACGACCACACAGCGCACCACAUCAUCAUUUCUUGGCCGCUCGUUGAUCGUCCGGGUCAUAUCACUUGUCAACAGCAUUUCCAUCUUCGAAACUCAUUCAUGACUGUCAUUUGUUAC